CUUCAGAUGAAACCCCACCGGGAGUGCUGAGAGCAAGAGAAGGCAACAAUAUUAAGUGCCUUUUGGGAGGACGGCUGGAAGUCAAUCAGCCGGGGAGGCGUCUUGACAGUGCUCAGUUUGAGCUUCAAUCCAGAGAGAAAUAAUGUACGGGCUGCUGUGCGAGAGUCUUCACGACUUCAUCAAGGAGUCGUAUGGAGAUGAUGUGUGGAAGCUGGUCAGGGAGAGAGCAGAUGUCAGGCUGCACUCUUUCGUCACCCACCAGGUCUAUAGCGAGAGUGUGAUUCCCCGUAUUGCAAAGGCAGCCAGUGGAGUGACAGGCACGCCCUACAAUGAGCUGAUGAACUCCUGGGGCGUCUACUUCCUGGGCUUCGUGGGGAAAUACGGCUACGACCGGAUCCUCAAGGUGCUGGGCCGACAUGUGCGUGACUUUGUCAAUGGCCUCGACAACCUCCACGAGUACCUGCGCUUCAGCUACCCCAAGGUUCAGCCCCCGACCUUCUUCUGCCAAGAGGAGUCUGCCACCGGAGUCACCCUCCACUACAGGAGCAAGCGUAAGGGCUACCUGCACUACGCCAUGGGUCAGCUGAGGCAGAUGGGGAAACAGUUCUAUGACACUGACAUCCAUGUGGAGGUGUUGUCGGAGCAGAUGGUCGGAGACUACUCCCAUGUCACCAUGAGGCUGAACUUUGACAACUCAGCCUACCGCUACAUCAUGAAGGAGGACGAGGAAGAGCAGGAGAUUUUGCCCAUUACCUCUGACUUCUUCUUUGAGGUCUUCCCCUUUAACAUCGUCUUCAGACAGGACAUGGUGGUGCAUAAUGUAGGCUCAGGCCUCGCUACGGUUUUCCCAGAUCUGGAUGGAAAGAAGAUCAAUGACGCCUUCUUGCUGGCUCGCCCCCUGGUGGAGUUCACUUGGAACAUGAUCAUCUCCCACCCCAACAACCUGUUCGAGAUCAUGUCCAAAGAGCCCGUGAAGAGAGAGAGGAACCUCCACAACAGAGUCCAGAAUUCUGAUUACGAAAAUGCCAACCGGUCGGCUGACGUCGAUGUGGAGCUCAUGGCGUUCCAGUCCAUCAUCGGGGAUGAUUACAAAGACGGCAACAGCGCUAAUGCAAUGGAGAGCUGGGGCGAUGGGAGCCGCUGCCUGAGACUAAAAGGACAAAUGAGAUACAUGCCAGAGUGGGAGUCCAUCAUCUUCCUGGGAACCCCUGUCAUGGAGAGCCUGAGCGCUAUGUUUAAGACCGGCCUGUACAUCAACGACCUGAGCAUGCACGACUCCAGCAGAGACCUGGUCCUGGCAGGCACGCAGCAGUCAGAGGAGCUGAAGAGGGCUCUCAUACAGGAGCAAAAGAAGUCCAGCAAGCUGGAAGAGAGCAUGAAGAUGCUGGACUACGAGAUGAAGAAGACUGACGACCUGCUGUACAGGAUGAUUCCCAAACCGGUGGCUAAAAGGCUGCGCAAAGGAGAGCCGGCUGUAAACACCUGUGAGGUGUUCCCAGAUGUGACCAUACUCUUCAGCGAUGUGGUGGGCUUCACUCGCAUCUGCAGCCACAUCACUCCGAUGCAAGUGGUCUCCAUGCUCAACACCAUGUACACGCUGUUUGACACGCUCAGCGAGAAGCACCGCGUCUUCAAGGUCGAGACCAUUGGAGACGCGUACAUGGUGGUUGCGGGAGCCCCGGAGAAGACCAAGUAUCACGCCCACAACAUCUGCGACAUGGCCCUGGACAUGGUCCGCUCCAUAGAUCACCUCAAGGACCCGUCUAACGGCAACAACAUUCAGAUUCGUGUCGGGAUACACUCCGGGAUGGUUGUGGCAGGUGUGGUGGGUCACAAGAUGCCACGUUACGGGCUGCACGGCGACACGGUCCACACCGCGUCCGCCAUGGAGAGCAACGGCAAGGAGAUGCACAUUCAGCUCAGCAGUGCCACCUACGAGCACCUGAAAGGAAGUCACUUCAUUUUUGAAAGGAGGGGGAUCAUCACCAUCAAGGGAAAUGUCGAAAUCGAGACUUACUGGCUGAAAGGGAAAAGGGACAAGGAUGGGAACGCGCAGGCAGCGUGUCCACAGUUUGAGACCCAGACCAUCAGUAAAGCCAUCAGCAAGGCCAACAUCACGGGUCCUGAGACCACAGAGGAUGAGGAGGGACUGGUUUUCCCCCUGGUUGCCGGGGAGGACGAGGAUGACGUCAAGUCCAUCCGCUCUCAUCGCAUCAAAAUGGAGAUCUCGGGCCAUUCUCUGGAGGAGCUGAUGGAGGAGUGCACGGUGGAAGAGAUGUCUGUCCAUAAGUCCCACUGUAAGGACGCUCUGCAGGACGGCCUCCAGGACUCUCACCUGGAACUGGACUCGCCCGAGUCCGACGACAGAGACUCCAUCAUGGAGUCCCGCAACAGCUCCUGUGACUCUCGAUGCUCCAAAAGCGCCAUGUGCUCCGUGUCGUGAGGUGGCGGCGUUGCCCAGACUCACGUUACGUCUGAUACUGUAACCAAAGAUUUGAUGUAUUACUGUUUCCAGAGCGCUGAAUGUUAGGAACGAUGGCAGGUAGAAAGCAGCUUUGAAGUCAUUUUGGCGUUUUGCUCAUUGGACUGAUGACAUUUUAUUUAUUAAUUUAUUUAUUUUACUGCAAAUGCCUGGAAUUAGUGACCUUGUGUGGUGUUAAAUUACAAUUUCAAAAGUGCUUAUUAAUCCCUAACAAAACUAGAAAUAGCUCAUUAGCGUGUUAGCAGCUCCUUCACAUCUCUGUUAAUUACAUCCUCUCCGCGUUCUUCCUCACAUCAGUUACCUCAAAGCCGCGUAACCUUGCCGUGCACCUACUAACUGCCACGUGGUUCAGCUGACGCAGUUGUGUCUUGCACUUUUUUUUCUUUUUUUUUUUCCUGUUUGUUCUGCUGCACAUUGCGGCUUUGAUAUCUUGAUCUUUCUUUUGUUCCCCUCCCUCCCCUCGCCGCCUUUCAUCCUGCGCGUAUCACGUUUCUGUGUCAGUCGGGUAAACAGCCACGGCAAAAUGAAACCACUUGUCAGCUCAGUGAAAAUAAAGCGAGAUGGCUGCUGAAAA